UCUGUUUGUUUUCGAUAACAACGGUUCAAAAUGACUGGAACUGUGCAAAAAUUCGACUUGGAUAUGGAUUUGGAUAAAAUGUGUCGCAUUUGCUUAUCACAAACUGAUGCCAACGGACAACUUUUUAAUAUAUUUUCUAAUGCGAUUGUGGAUGGUUUUCUAGUAAGAAUUCCGGAUGUAAUAUUCUUCUGUGUGGACAUACAGGUUAAUGAUGCUGAGGGAAUGCCUAGAAAGAUUUGCCAGAUCUGUAAAGGACAACUAUUGAGUUUCUAUAUAUUCAAACAGAGAUGCAAACGAACUGAGAAGAUAUUGCAGCAAACUAAAUCUUCCAAAGAAGACUGUGAACAGAUAAUUCCAUUCAAUGUACAAGAAGGAAUGCAAAAUGUAGUGGAAUCCAUAGAAUCUCCGAAGAUUUUGAAAGUUUCAAAAACUGUAGAUAACCUCGACUCGAAAAGUACAAUCAAUACCAAAUUGAUUGGGUUGAAAGCACCGCCGCAAAAUCAAUGCCGAUUGUACGAAAGCAAAAUCGAUGAAUUAGACCAUUUGAAACAAAAUGCUCCUUAUUGCUUUGAUAUUGAUUUUGAAAAAACUUGUAGCUCGGAUAACAUUGACGCAUACAUUACGAAUGAUGACAAUGAAUUAGCUAAGGACGUCAAACAUUCGGAAUAUGUCACACCUACGUCAGAAAAUGAAGAACAUUUUUGUUUGGAUACUGCAGAUACAUUGAGCAUUGAUAAUACAGCGCAAAGUGACAACUGCGAUACUGAAGAUAGCCUGCUACAAUCAAACGAAGCAAAAGCUACAAAAAAUAUCAUUUGCACCAUAUGUGGAAAAGCUAUUAAAGGUCAUGCACGGUAUAUAAGACAUAUGCGCUUGCACGAUACUAGCACUAAUGUAGUCGAGUUUUUUACAUAUUUCACUUGUACCGUGUGUUACACGAUGUUCAUCCAAAAAGAUCAAUUCUCGGAGCACAUAAGGUUGUAUGAGCAUAAUCAAAAUGAUGAUCCUUCAGAGAAUCACGGCGAACUUCCAUACAAUUGCAGUGUUUGCUCAACCAAACACUAUGGGUUUGAUCGUAUGAAACAGCACCUUUUUUCUCAUUUGCAAUCUUUUCAAUGUCCUUUCGAAGGAUGCGGGUGUCAAUACGGCUCUUCGGCGAGAUUGGCAAUUCAUAUUACUAAUAAACAUAUUGAGUACGAAUCGUAUGCAUGUCGAUAUUGUGGUUCAGACGAAUUUGAUUCUAUGACGGAGUUACAACAACAUCUUCGUGUUAAAUGUACCGAAAAGAAGCAUCAGUGCAAUCAUUGUGAAAAGAAGUUUCUCACAUCACGCUCUUUGGCUCAACAUUUAAAAUGUUUGGAAAAAACUCAUCAUUGUCUCGAAUGUGGGAAAUCCUUUGCUCAACCAGGUGAGCUCACGUUGCACCAAAGAACGCACAAUGGCGAUCGACCAUUUCAAUGCACCAUUUGUGGAAAACGAUAUAGAACCGCGUCGCUUAGAACUGCUCACAUGGAUUCUCAUAUUGAUGGCAAAACGUUUGAGUGUCUCUUAUGUGGAAAAAAAUUGCAGUCCCGCACCUGUUAUCGUAAUCAUGUCAGACGACACUCAGAAGAGAAAAAGCAUGGAUGCGACAUAUGUUCAAAAAAAUUCUACACCAAGUAUAACGUUAAGGUACAUAGGGAAAAGGUUCACAAACUAGAAUCGAAAUAAUCGUGAAUAAAUUAAACAAUGCAGUCAUCAUAUCAUUUUUUUGGCAUUAAAAAUGCCUUACUCAUCACCAUAUGGGGCCGGGUGUCAAUUAAAAGUUUCAACAAGAGUCGCGUAACCGUGUCAUAAUUUUGAACGGUAAUAACUCGGUCAUUUGUUGAUGGAUUGUUAUAAUUUAACAACCAAUCGAUUCGGAAACUUUUAACUUAGACAUGUAUGACGACGUUGUAUCAGUAUUUCAAUAGCAUACUAUUGAAAAAAUGGUUGGAAUCGACCUAUGUUUUCAUCCACCAAUCCCUGUUGUACAAAAGGACGUCAACUUCUUGUUCGGCAUAGGAGGCUUUGCGUCACGCAUAAAAAACAGCGCAUCGUUAUGCGUAGUAUGCAGAGAAAUCUAUAAAUAUAGGCUGCACAAUAUUUCUUUGCCUAGUUGAUGUUUGACUGUGAAUGAAACAAAUAGCUUGUCCAGUGAGCUGAUGACUGGAUUGUAUAUGCUUUCAUUCGCUGGAUUGUUUUUGCAUUAUGUGUUGGUGAAAUUUCCUGUUGUCUGCGCAACACCGUGUUCGCUUGAGUAUCUUAUAUUAUUUGCAUCUAGCUAUUGAAGAACCGAAUCAGCGUGGUUACCGAUUCUUUCGAAAUAUUCUAUAUAUUUAGCAAAUUUUUGGUCGAUUUUGCCAUUAAAAAUGCCUUACACUUUGCUUCCCGAGGCUGGGUGUCAAUUUAAAACAUGCACAACUAAUCGCGUAACAUUUUUCUGUCAUAAUUUUGAACGCUUUUAACUCAGUCAUUUGUUGAUGGAUUUCUAUAAUUCAACAACCAAUCGAUUCGGAAACAUUCAACUUAAACUUAUGAGAUAACGUCAUUUGAAUAUUUCAAUUGCAUACCAUUGAAAAAUUGGUUUGAAUUGAGUAUUUUAUUUUGGUUCUCUGGUAACUAUCAGGCCAAUUUAGAAUUAUCGGCGAUAGAUUUUUCGGAUCGAAUUUGCAGCACUUGUACCUCGAUGAUUUGUUAAUGGAUCCUCAUUUAAAUGAUUCCAAAGCUUCAAUAUUGUAAGCAUAAAAAUGUUUUAAUUUGUCAACGGAUUGGUUUGCAUUCUUAAAUCUUCAUUCCUAUACGAACAAAACGGUGGCGCGAAAAUGGAUUCAGUAUAAAGUUGUGUUAUGAUGAUAAUCAUAGAUACUUCUUUUUCAUUAAAUGUGUCAGAACAAGUUGUUGUCCCACCAGAAAUUAAACGCUUCAAAAGAUUCAAAAUUAAAUUCUGUAACUUGUCUAAAAGCGGCCUCCUCGGUUUUGUAGUAUAAAUGAGUUCCACAAGCUCACAUAUACAGAACAAUUAGAUGCAAUAUCAUAUAGUAUCAAAGAUAAACUCAAGGUAAGUUUAUCUGCGAUUUCACAUGUAUCGUUCGAAUAGGAACCCUCGUAGAAUCUGGUGAACCGCCAGUUUUAGUUUAAUUAUUAUUUGCUUCAAAACAAUAAGCGUCAGAUGGCUACACGCGUUGUAACUAUGACAAUGUUCAUUCAUGUGUUAAUAACAUCAAGUUACAAU